CCCCAUAUCUAGAUCUUCAAGCAUAAAAAUCCUCAACCAUAUUCAGAAGCUCUCAUCAUCAUGGGUUCAGAAACUUUCCUAGAAGUGAUCUUGGCCAUCAUUCUUCCACCAGUUGGGGUCUUCCUUCGUUAUGGCUGUGGAGUAGAGUUCUUGAUAUGUCUGUGUCUGACAAUAUUGGGAUAUUUACCUGGGAUCAUAUAUGCAAUAUAUGUCCUAGUGGGAUAGUUUUGUGAUGAGGUUUUGGGUUUUGUAAGGAAUAACGGCAACAACAUUGUCUGUUUGUCCACUUUGGUGAUUCUCUUUAUUGUGAUCUGUAAUCUGGGAUCUUAAUUAGCUCGUUUUCCUUGUAAAUGUUCAUGAGUUUUG